AUGCGUCGUGGCGGGCGUUUUAUGGCCACACCGCUCGGGAAACGAUAUACUACAAGAUGGCACUAUAUGUCCGGGUCGGACGCGCGCCUCCAAGGCGGACAUGUAGUAUUAGUACGUCUCUGUGCGUCCCACCCGAGGCCGAAUUCCGUGGACGAGCUCCCCACCAUUCCAGCCGCCAGCGCCCCGAGUCCGACGCCCGCGUCCGUGGACGACCUCCCCACCGCUCCGGUGGGCGACCUCCCGGAGCGCCGGCGCCUGGCCUCGAGCUCUCCGGAGGGCUCGCGCGGCGUGGCUGUCCAGGACCUGGCGGAGCAGGUGCCUUGGGCGCAGAGCCGCCCAGAGGCGCUGCUCCCGCUGGACCCCAUCGUGGUCUGA